AUGCCCUGUGUAAAGACGGCAAAAACCAAUAGUGUACCAAAGACCUCCUUCUCCAUGGAAAAGGAUAUCCCUGUCUACGACGUGUCAGACAGCGAUGUUGGUAACAUCGAUGUUGAUGAUGUCGAAGGUCUGCAUCGGAAUCUGAGCGGCAAGCGGAUCCAGAUGAUCACAAUGGGAGGGUCGAUCGGGACGGCGUUAUUCGUCGGUAUCGGAAGUGGACUUGUUCAAGGCGGUCCCGGAUCGCUGUUCAUUGUUUUUACGCUGUUCUCGUGCUGGCUGGCACUGGUCAAUGAUUGUAUGGCUGAGAUGCCAGUGUUCAUGCUGGUGAGUGGUGGGUUCGUCAGGAUGGGAAGUAAAUGGGUGGACGAAGCCUUUUGUCUCAUGCUCGAGUGGAAUUUCUGCUUACAUGAGGCUAUUCUUAUCCCAUGGAAGAUUUCGGCUCUGAAUCUCGUCUUGACUUUCUGGAGAAACGACAUUCCGCUUGCUGCUGUCUGCGCCGGGUACAUUUUACUCUACGGGAUCAUCAAUUUUUUCGCCGUCAAAUGGUAUGGCGAGUCCAAAUCCUGGCUGUCAGGUGGGAAACUGGUGCUCAUCAUCAUGCUCUUCUGCUCCACUUUCGUUACCAUGGUGGGAGCCAAGCCUCUACAACGGGAACCUCUAACAACGACCACACUCUUCAACUCUCUUCAAACGCUGAAAAUUGCCAAACAAAGAGCAUUCGCGGAGUAUGUUGCCACUGUAAGUCUAGAGAGAUUUGAAGGCUUCUUGGCCGCAUUAUGGAAAGCUGCCUUCACGAUUGUCGGUACCGAGUACAUCUCCAUGAUGGCAGGAGAGGCGUCCCACCCGCGCAAGAACCUGAAGCGAGCAUUCAAAACCAUCCACCUUCGGUUCGGACUCUUCUUCAUCGGCGGGGCAUUGGUUUAUGGGAUCGUCAUUGCACACAACGAUGAAAACCGCAUCAAUGCCCUGACCGACGCUUCGGCUUCCGGAGCCGCUGCUGCCAGUCCGUUUGUCAUUGCCAUAUACGCGGCUUCUCGAACGCUGUACAGCCUGUCCCUCGACGGCCACGCACCAAGGCUCCUCCGCAAAUGCGCGAAGAAGGGGGUGCCCAUCUGGUGCCUCUCAGUUACCAUGAUCUUCCCUUUCCUCAGCUUCCUCGCCUUGGGAUCUUCUUCCGGUCAAGUGAUUAUGUGGCUCGCAAACCUUACCGAAGCCUCGCAGAUCAUAGACUGCAUCUGCAUUUGCUGGAUAUACUUGCACUUCUAUCGGGCGCUGAAGGUGCAGGGCUUUGAUAGGCGGGGUCUGCCGUACGUGGGGUGGGCUCAACCGUACUGUGCCUGGGCUGGUCUGGGCACGAUGACUUUCACGGUGUGCUGGUGGGACGUUGGGACGCUCUUCUCAUACUACACUGUGGUCUUUGUGUGCCCGAUCUUACAUAUAGGCUGGAAAGUGUACUGGAAGACGACACCCGUCAGGCCUGAAAAGGCGAACUUGGUCUGGAAACGCCCUGCUAUCGACGCCUAUGAGGCGAACAUGGUCGAGAAAACCCGCUCUUUUUGGGAACAGGUCGGAAUGAUGGGAGGCUGGCACAGGAAGAACCCGGAACAUACCGAGUAG